UCAGAUUUCAGACGACGAAUGGCUAAACUGUGACUCGUGCCAACGAACCUUCUAUGCAGGCUUCUUUGUCACUAUCUAUUCUACAUUUUAAAUUUCAGCUGCGGUACCGUUCCCGCGCUAGAAGACACACGAACUGUGUGGACAAUUUUGUGAAAAUGGUGAAAAGUAAGAACGUCCUGGCUGAAAAAGCCACCUCAAACAUUACUGACAGCGCCCUUAAACGAUCUGCUUUCCAACGUCGCAAACAAUAUGGAGCUCAGCUUAAAAAGUCCGGCGUUGUUUCUAAAACGGUUAAGGAAAACAUCGGAACAGCCAGUAAAAAAACAAAUGCCAACGAUACUAAAAAAACGUCCACUGCAUCCAACACGAUCCGACGGAACUCCAAAGCUUUUUCAAGCAAACCUAGUAAUCUACCUAAAUUUAAGUCAUCCGUUUCGCGCGAAGAGAUGGAAGAACUCGGCUGUCUACCUGUUGGCAUCCUGUUCAGUGGCUCCGGAAUGAGAAAUCGAAAGGCAACGCUAUCGUUUUCCCCUCACACAAAAGCAUUUGAACGGACUCCGAUUCGUGGAACUCCAAUUAGAGGAAUGAGUCUAACUGGACAACAGAAGACGGAACGGGUCGCCGAAGUCCUGGCCACUCUGCAGCGGCUUGAAGAGGCGCUUAAAAAUGAAACUGCAACAUGUGCGGAAGUUCUAACAGACCUAAAAGGCUUAGAACUCGGUCGUCGAUCAACUGUUAGCGACAUCGCAGAGUUCUGGAUGCUGAAGACGCAGCUGCUUUCUGAGUCAGGUGAUCGCAAGGAAGCGAUUUUGGCAGCAGUACAAGCAAUCUUCACAACCAAGCAUAAGAAGGCCAAGGCUGAACUCGCUCGAGAAAUCAAUACAAUGCUUGCUGUUGAAGUGGCGACCGGCGAUUCCGACGGCGAAGAGGGUCAGGAACUGGAAGAAGACACGGUGGCAAAUAGGGAAAGUAAUAGUGCAGAAUCAGUGAAAAACCUCUUCCCGACUGAGCACUCAAAGGACCAGGAGAAGGUGUUUGUCGCACCCGAUAAAACGAACAGCAUUGAGGACAGCCAUUUAAUGCUAAAGAAUAGUCAGCCAAAACGUUCCGAAACGCCAGCCGCGUCGCCAGAGCAUCUUUACACGCCGCCGGAUGUGAAGACCACACCAAUGGUACGAACCAACCAGAGCGACUGUGGUAAUGGAACCUUUAUUCAUGACGAACAGUUCAUGGAUCAUUCUUGCCACACCAACCAACUGCAAAAAAAGCAGGACGAGGAUUUUCUCGUAAGCGCUGCGACUGAGGCUGGUUAUGACUCCCAAAACAGAGUCACUCCAGCUCUAAUGCAAGUUGAUUAUAAUCGUGACUACGACUGUGGGAACCAUAUAGUUUUUCUUAAUUCUGCUGAAAAUAGAAUGGUACAACGUGCCCGCUUGUCUUCUAAUACGCAAGGGUUUAACAACCUAAGGGAACCUCCUGUACCAGAUGCCGAGGGUGAGGCAGGAACAUCAACGCACAACGAAAUGGAGGCCCGUUCUGUGCAAGCAGCCCUGGGCACCACAGUCCAUACUAUUCUUUAUGUGGUUGCCAUAAUUAAUAUUGCCCUUGGUUAUCUAUUUUCAACCCAGACUUGAAUUAUCGUAUUACAGCUAAGGUCUUAUAUUUAGGAUCUUAUCAUUCGUCUUUACGUAGAUAAAAGGACAUGUAAGGGGUAUAGUGAAUAUGAGCUGGACUGUAUUAGACAAACUACAGGAUUCGGAGACGUCUUUUGUUAAAAUGAUACUACAUUUAUUAUCUUUUUACAUUUUUUAGUAUCAAAACUACACUGAUAUUCUAUCAUGUGUAUUGACAUUUAAUUAAAGAAAUCGCUUAUUUCACAAGUCAACUUCAUUGGUCCCAAAACGCAGAUAUUGCAGCAAACAGAGGUUACUUUAAAAAACAAGACUUAAGCAAAUGGAGUAAUCAGUGUCGAACUAUAUCUCAGUUAACUGUUAUGUUUCUUAUUUAGCUGUAUAACCGUCGGGUGACUUUGUACUUCUUGAAAUCUCUCGCUUGAAAGACCGCCAUUUGUUCACAAUGACAUGAAACUGCUAAGUGGAAGUGACGGCACGGAAAAACACUGUUAGCGCAGAUGCACACGUUCCGAGUAUAUCGAAUGUUUUUUUUCUUCAUAAACAACUUGAGGUAUAUAUAUACAUGUAAAAAAGAUGCGAACGCUAGGUAGAUCCUAAAUCUGGUUUUAUAUAUUGUGGUAAACGUACCGCGUUGUCGUACAUGAUCACAUGGGCUUCAAUGUUCCAUGGGAAUAAAAGCUACACGCUUUAUAGAGGUGCAUCCAUGAACAUUGCAAAGCUAAAAUGUAACAAAGCAAUAUCAACUCUUUGUAAGAAGCACGUCUCAAUAUAAAAUGUCUAUUGUAAUUGCGUAUAUUUAACUGUGUAUUGCAUUCAACCGGUCUGCUGUUGCGCCAGUGGUAACUAAAUUAGAUGUUGUAGUACAUACUCAUUUUGCUCAGAUCAUAAACUAACUUGUAUUACAAGUUCUUCAAAACUUUUCUAAUGACAGGUGAAUUUUUACAUUUAUGAGAAUCUAGCCAAUACUUAGACAAAACCAUUGUGGCUAUCAAUUUAUCUAUGCCAGUAAGAUUUUGUAUCGUUGAAUAAUUAUAAUUUAGCAUAAGGACGAUAAAAAAAAAGUCGGUUGUGAUGAAUUGCCCGAUCCAGGGUAACCUUGCUGAGAAUUUUUAGAACGUCUAACAAAUGACCUAGAUCGAACACGUCAACUACAAUUUACCUAUGCAGAUACUUAACUAUUGCGGAAAUAACGGAUUGACUCAGUGAACUUAUUAUCAUAUUCUGCUACUUUGAACAUGCUCUGUUUAGAAAUAUGCUUAUAAUUUACUUCACUUUGGCUGAAUGCCAAUUAUCGUUUUGUUUUUUCGGA